AUGGCGGCGCUGGGCGUCGUCUGCGUGCUGCUCGGGGCAGCGAGCUGCCCGUUCGCCUGGGCUUUGGACGAGAAUUUUUGGCUCAACCGGUCGCCGGCCAACCUCCUGUCGGACAGGGCGACCUUCAGACGGUAUCUUCUGUACGACGUCAACCCCCCAGAGGGCUUCAACCUGCGCAGGGAUGUCUACAUCCGCAUGGCCUCCCUCCUGAAGAUCCUGCUGAAGCACGAGGAGUGGGUGUUGGUGCUGCCCCCUUGGGGCCGCCUCUACCACUGGCAGAGCCCGGACAUUCACCAGGUCCGGAUUCCCUGGUCCGACUUCUUUGAUCUUGACAGUCUCAACAAGAACAUCCCCGUCAUGGAGUACGAGGACUUCAUCGGAGAGAACGGCGGGCCCUUCAUUGAGCAGAUCUACGUCCUGCAAGGCUACGCGGAAGGGUGGAAGGAGGGCACCUGGGAGGAGAAGGUGGACGAGCGGCCCUGCCUGGACACGCCGCUGUACUCGCAGGACCAGCACGAGUACUUCAGGGGAUGGUUUUGGGGUUAUGAAGAAACAAGGGGGUUAAAAGUUUCCUGUCUGUCUGUUCAAGGAUCGGCUUCUAUCAUUGCACCUGUGCUUUUGAGAAACACAACAGCACGGUCCGUGAUGUUGGACAGAGCGGAGAACCUCCUUCACAAUCACUACGGGGGAAAGGAGUACUGGGACACGAGGCGGAGCAUGGUGUUUGCCAAGCACCUGCGUGCUGUGGGCGAUGAUUUCAGAAUUAAAUACCUCAAUUCCAGCAACAAGGCCGACAGGAUCCCCGACGAGGAGGACUGGACCAAGAUGAAGGUGGAGCUGGGCUCCUCGCUGGGGGGCCCCUACCUCGCCGUGCACCUGAGGAGGAAGGAUUUCACCUGGGGCCACCGGGACGACGUGCCCAGCCUGGAAAGAGCCGUGAGGAAGAUACGCAGCCUCAUGAGGAUCCACGGGCUGGACAGAGUGUUUGUGGCCACAGACGCCGUGAGGACGGAACAUGAGGAGCUGAAGGAGCUGUUACCCGAGAUGGUGAGGUUCGAGCCCACGUGGGAGGAGCUGGAGCUCUUCAAAGACGGGGGCGUGGCCAUCAUCGACCAGUGGAUCUGCGCACAUGCCAGGUUCUUCAUUGGCACUUCUGUCUCCACGUUCUCGUUUCGGAUUCAUGAAGAGAGAGAGAUCCUGGGGUUGGACCCCAAUACUACAUACAACCGAUUCUGUGGGGACUCGGAGAAAUCGUGCGAGCAGCCCACGCACUGGAGGGUCGUGUACUGA